AUGAAGAAGAAGCUACAGAGAAGCAUGGAAACAACAAUAAAGAAGAGAUCCCUGCCCCCAUCCUCACCAAAGCCAAUCUUGAAGCCUUAUGUGUCAAAGGCACCAUAUCCUCAGAGGCUGAGGAAAGAUGGGAAGGAUGGCCAGUUCUCUAGAUUCUUAGAGAUCUUCAAAAAGCUCCAAAUCAACAUACCAUUUGCUGAAGCAUCGGAGCAAAUGCCACUUUAUGCCAAAUUUUUGAAGGAGCUCAUGACAAGAAAAAGAAACUGGAAAGAAAAGGAGACCAUAGUGCUAACUGAGGAGUGUAGUGUAAUCAUACAAAAGAAGCUCCCUCAGAAAAUGAAAGACCCAGGGAGUUUCCAAAUCCCCUACAUCAUAGGGGAUAUCAAUAUUGAGAAAGCCUUGUAUGAUUUGGGAGCUAGCAUCAAACUCAUGUUCCUAACCAUGAUGAGGAGGAUGAAGAUUGAGGAAGCCAAGCCAAUGAGAAUGGCACUCCAAUUGGCUGACAAAACAAUCAAGUUUCCACAUGGGGUAGUGGAGGACUUGUUGGUGAAAGUGGGAGAAUUCAUUUUCCUAGCUGACUUUGUUGUGCUGCUGGAUAUGGAAGAAGAAGCUAACACAUCAAUCAUCAUCGGAAGGCCAUUUCUAGCUACUGCUGGAGCCAUCAUUGAUGUGCAAAAAGGGAAACUAGUCUUGAGAUUACAUGAAGAGAAGAUGGUCUUCAACGUCUUUAGGGCAAUGAGUUACCCCAAGGAACCCAUAUGA